AUGAUGAACGUUGAAGAGGUUCUACACAUGGUUGGUGGUGCAGGAGAGACAGGCUAUGCCUUAAACUCAAAGCUUCAAGAGAAAGCCAUAACAAGAACAAAGGACAUAAUGGAGAAAGCUUUGAAGAACAUCAAUGGAGAACUUGUCUCUAAGGGCUUGGUUGUGGCUGAUUUGGGGUGUUCUUCAGGGCCCAAUGCAUUCCUUAAUGGGGAUCAAGUGUUGCCUUAUUAUGUUGCUGGUGUUCAUGGUUCCUUUUAUGGAAGACUCUUUCUUCGCAAUAGUCUUCAUUUUGUUCACUCUUCUUAUAUUCUCAUGUGGCUCUCUCAGGUUCCGCUAGGAAUUGAGAAUGGUGGAGUUAAUAUUAACAAAGGGAACAUAUACAUCUCAAGAACAAGUCCUCCAAUCGUAUCAAGGUUAUAUUUAGAGCAAUUCAAGAGAGGUUUCUUGAGCUUCCUCCAGUUUCGUUCUCAAGAAAUUGUCAAUGGAGGACAAAUGGUUUUGUCCUUUGUGGGCAGGAAAAGUUCUGAUCCAUCUAAAGCUGAACUUUGCCAAUUUAAUGAUUUGGGACUGUUGGAAGAAGAGAAGGUGAACACAUUCAACAUGCCAUUGUAUGCUGCAUCACAAGAAGAAGUGCAACAAGUAAUACAAAGUGAAGGAUCAUUCCACAUUGAACAAAUGCAAAUCCUUGAAUCAAACUGGGACCCAUUUGAUGACUCAGAUGAUGAUCAAGUCUUUCAUAAUGUGAAGAGUAGACACAAUGUGGCCAAGUGUAUGAGAGCAGUGUAUGAACCAUUACUUGUUGGGUACUUUGGGCAGCAAGCCAUUGAUGAUCAAGUGUUUACAAGGAUUGGUCACAAUGUGGCCAUGCAUCCCCUCAAAGAGAAAACCAAGAACAUUGUCUUCAGCUUGGCUUUGAAGGCAAAGGAUCUCAACUAA